GUGAACGGGUAUCAGUCAAACGGACAAGCAACUGGAAUCCCACAACUUGUUAUGCUCACGCAAACGUGAUUCCUCGAAGGUACGACGCGUUAUACGUCAUCUCAGGCAAGCAUUCACCACAUCUCUCCACAUCCUGUGGCCUUCCGUGUCUCUCAUGUUUUGCAUUACCUGUACAUUAUACAUCUCGUCCUGUUACCCUUGCAGUUCGUCGUCUCCGGCAAGGAUUUGAUAUACAAGUGACAAUGAAGAAGUUCUUCAACAAGGCCAAAGAAGCGUUAGACAGCCACGGCUCCCAUGGCACAACCUUCCCGGGUCAACAGCAGCAGCAACCUCAGAACCAGCAACCCAUCCAGAGCGAUCGACCGUCUAGCAUACAAGCUCCGGCGCAAGCAGAUGUGACACGAUACCGAUACCACCAUGGUGCUAAUCUAGGCUCCGUGUUCAUCCUCGAACGCUGGCUUUGCGGGUCUAUGUUCCCCGAGCACGCCCAAGGUUCCAGUGAAUUAGCCGCCGUCACCGCCUGGAUCCAUCAAGAAGGUCCUGACAAGGCUCGGGAACGCUUCGAGCGUCACUGGCAUGAGUACGUGAGCGAUGCGGAUCUGGACUGGCUUCGAGACGCCGGUCAUUGCACAACUGUCCGCUUACCGAUCGGUUACUUCUCGCUUGGUCCGCCGUACUGCGAAGGCACGCCUUUUCAGCCUGUGGCGGCAGUCUACCAGAAUGCCUGGGCCGCCGUAAAGCAGCUCGUGCAGAGGUGUCAUCAGCGUGGCGUCGGUGUGUUGAUCGAUCUGCAUGGCUUGCCAGGCGGUGCAAAUGCACAAGAUCACUCCGGCACGAAUUUUGGUAAGGCGGAAUUAUGGGGCUCACGCCGGCACCAAGAUCUUGCGACCCGCUGCUUAUGCUUCAUCGCUCAGGAAGCGCGGGGGAUGGACGGGGUGGCAGGAGUGCAGAUCAUCAACGAAGCAGAGGGGAAUGCUAGAGGCAUGUAUGAAUGGUACGAUCAUGCGCUGAAGGAGCUCUCAUCAAUCGAUCCUACAAUGCCCGUCUACAUCUCGGACGCGUGGGAUCUCAAUAGAGCUGCCAGCUGGACUCAAGCCCGCAACAGCCUGGCUGCUGGUAACGUAAGUCCGGUCGUGGUGGACACUCAUCUCUACUGGUGUUUCUCCGACGCAGACAAGGCCAAGUCUCCGCAGCAGAUAACACAAGAAGUCGGUGGCAAGCUCUCCGAACUCGACGGCAAAGACGGUAGCGUCGUCGACCAUGGCGCCGCUCAGACUAUCAUCGGCGAGUACAGCUGCGUGCUUGACGGCUCAACCUGGGACAAAUCGCGAGGCGCACCCAAAGAGCAACUCGUACGCGGCUUCGGCAACGCAGAGUCCGCACGCUUUCAGCAGCGAGCUGGCGGCUCGUUCUUUUGGACGUACCGCAUGGACUGGAUGCCGGGCGGUGAAUGGGGCUUUCGGCAGAUGACGGAGCAGCAUGCCAUCGUACCUCCCAGCUCUCUGACACUACCGGCGAAUGAUGUCCAGGGUCGUAUCCAGGCCGCACAACAGCAGCUCGCACAGCGAAAGCAGGACAAUGUAGGCGCACAUUGUCAUUACUGGGACAGCAAUCACCCGGGUCAAUACGAGCACUGGCGAUACGAGCAAGGCUGGGACGUUGGGUACAAUGAUGCCAUGGCGUUCUUCGGCAUGCGGAAUCAGAGUGGACUGCAAGGUGGCGACAAGAUCGGCAUGCUGGAUCUAUGGUGUCUGAAGCGGCUACGUGAGAGCGGUCAAGGUGGCAAGUUCGUUUGGGAGUUCGAGCAAGGCUUGCGACAGGGCGUUCGGAGCUUGUAUGAGGCUGUCGGCGUCUAAGCCAAUGACUCGCGAGGAUGCCUUGUGGGCGACCAUCAAUGCAUUUACGCCCCAAGCUUACAACAUUGCCGCUCAAGCACUUCGUUAUCACAAUCCGUAUGGACUCUAACAUUACCCGGGGCGAUAACGCCAUGCGCCGUCGCUGAACAUUGUUGCAAUUGACAACAAUCGUCACGGGUCAUCAUUCGUCGACGUCCAUCUCCUCCACGCCACCAUCUCUGGUAAGCCUUUGCUUUCGCUUGGUCUUGAUCCUCUGCUUCUCCUGCUUCUGCACCUCCUCCAACUCUGCUUCGUCCCUCUCCUCCAAUUCCAUCUCCUCUUUCUCCGCCAACUUGCUCUCCUCCAGCACCUCCUCCA